GAAUUCUCCCACAUGUCUUUUGACAAUUUCAGUAUAUAUACUCAAAGCCUCUUAGUAAUAUCAUUCUCAUGCUCAUCAACACAACUCAUAACAAUUGAUCACAGCAUCCUCCUAUCUUGAUCGUUCGUACCCCACAAGACAAGAACUUCAACUUUUUUGUACCUGGCAAUCCAAACAUAUUAAUCAAAAAGAGAUGGGAAGAGCUCCAUGCUGCGAGAAGAUGGGGUUGAAGAGAGGUCCAUGGACGCCUGAAGAAGAUCAAAUCUUGAUCUCUUUUAUCAUCAAACGUGGCCAUAGUAACUGGCGAGCCCUCCCUAAGCAAGCUGGUCUUUUGAGAUGUGGCAAAAGCUGUCGACUUAGAUGGAUGAACUAUCUAAAGCCUGAUAUUAAACGAGGCAAUUUCACAAAAGAAGAGGAGGAUGCUAUCAUCAGCUUACACCAAAUCCUUGGCAAUAGGUGGUCAGCUAUUGCGGCAAAACUACCAGGAAGAACAGAUAACGAGAUCAAGAACGUAUGGCACACUCACUUGAAGAAGAGACUCGAAGAUUAUCAACCUGCUAAACCUAAGACAACUGGCAACAAAAAGAAGGUUACUAAACCAAAAUCCGAAUCCGUAAUAUCGAACUCGAACAGUACUAGAAGCGAAUCCGAGCUAGGAAACUCAUCAAACCCUUCCGGAGAAAGCUUGUUUUCGGCAUCACCUUCCACUAGUGAGGUUUCUUCGAUGACACUCAUGAGCCACGAAGGACAUAGCAACGAGACUAAGAUGGAUCAUCAAAAAGCGGGAGACAUCAUAAGUACUAUCGAUCAAGAUUGUGUUUCUUUCGAAAAUUUCGGUGCGGACAUCGAUGAGAGCUUCUGGAACGAGACACUUUACAGCCAAGAUGAUCUUGAAGUUGCUGGUUUAGAUGAGACGACACACCAACAGUUUCAGCACCUAGGCUCCGUUGAUGAUGGAAUGAUUUUCGAUAGUGAGAUGGACUUCUGGUUCGAUGUAUUGGCGAGAACUGGUGGGGAACAAGAUCUCUUAGCCGGGCUCUAAAUUAACAUUUUGAUAAGUAAAGUGAAUUAUACAGUAUGGUGCAAAAUUAAGUCUAAGAAACUCAAAUUGCUGUUUACUAAAAAGAAACACUCUUAACUGUUGAUGUGAUGUAAUUAGUAUAUUAAUUAGAGCUUGUGUAUUCAAGAAAAUCUAUUCAUUUGUUUCUCCAAGAUUGAGUAGUUAGCAGGUUCGAGUAAUUAAUAAUCA